AUGGUGUUCCGCGUGGGAGCGUUCUCCUUUGCUCGCAGCUUGGCGCUGAUAACUACUCUUAUUAAUCAUAAGGAUAAACCAAAGCGUUCAGACAAGACUCUGCAAGCAAUUCAGCGAGUGGGCCAAGCAGUUAACCUGGCAGUUGGAAGAUUUGUUACAGUAGGUGAAGCCAUAGCCAAUGAAAAUCGUGAACUGAAAGAGGAAAUGAGUGUUGCUUGCAUCGAGGCAAGGAGAGCAGGUGAAACAAUCGCACAGCUUACAGACGUGGCCAGCUUGGAUCAUCCAGAAUCUGAUAGCCACAUAACAAUCUUUACGGACAAAACGGGUGUGGUAAAAGCUGCAAGGUUGUUGCUUUCUUCUGUCACAAAGGUGCUGGUGUUAGCAGACAGAAUUGUUAUUAAGCAAAUUAUAACUUCCAGAAACAAGGUUCUUGCAACAAUGGAACAACUAGAAAAAGUCAGUAGUUUCCAGGAGUUUGUACAAAUAUUCAGCCAGUUUGGAAAUGAAAUGGUAGAGUUUGCCCAUUUAACUGGAGAUCGGCAAAAUGAUUUGAAGGAUGAGAAGAAAAAGGCUAGAAUGGCAGCAUCUAGGGCUGUUCUUGAGAAGUGCACCAUGAUGCUCCUAACUGCUUCAAAGACUUGUUUGAGGCAUCCAGACUGUGAAUCUGCUCGUAUAAACAAAGACGGAGUUUUUCAUCGGAUGAGAUUAGCUUUGGAACAGGUAAUAGAAAUUGUAACUGACUCUAGACCAAACGGAGAAAAUGAAAUGGCCCCCAUCAGCAUAUAUUCUGGCAUCAAAGAAUUCAAGAAUAAGGUGGAGGGUCUUCGUGAGAAUCUUUAUUUUCUCUCAAAAGAGAACCUUUCAACAAUGCUGGAAGUUAUCCUGGAACAUACGGAGGACUUCACAGACUCUGCCUAUACCAGUCAUGAGCACAGAGAACACAUUUUGGAGCUGUCUAAACAGGCUAAAAUGGAACUAGAGCAGCUGGUUUCAGUGUGGAUGCAAGCUCAAAACCAGAAGACAAAGGAUCUCAUGGAAGACUUGGAGGUAGCCAUUUUAAAAACAUGCCAGUGCAUGAAUGAACUUAAAAGAGAGGUCCACAGUGCAGCAACAUCUUUGGCAGCAGAUCUGCUAAAAUACCAUAUGGAUCAUACAGUUCUCAAAGCAUUAAAAAUCACAGGAGUAGAAGGAAAUCUUGAAGCUGUAGCAGAGUAUACUUGCAAGCUAUCAGAGCAGAAAGAACAACUUGUUGAGAUGUGUCGCUUAUUGAGGCAUGUUUCUGGAACUGAGCCCCUCGAGAUUACUUGCAUACAUGCAGAAGAUACCUUUCAGGUCACUGGCCCACAGAUAAUCUCUGCUGCAGAAACACUGGCAUUACAUCCAUCUAGCAAGAUUGCAAAAGAAAAUCUUGAGGUGUUCUGUGAGGCCUGGGAGUCUCAACUGAGUGACAUGUCUACGUUGUUAAGAGAAAUCAAUGAUGUGUUUGAAGGAAGAAGAGGAGAGAAGCGUGUCUACCUAUCACUGCCCAGACCAGGGAAGCAUAAUGCAAAUCUGAAAGCAUUAAAGCCAGUCAAACUAGACACUGAGGAACAGGCAAAAAUUGCAAAGCUCGGAUUAGAGUUGCAUCUGCUCACAUCUGAUGUGGAUUCUGAGACAGAGAAGUGGGAGGAUCAGGAGAAUGAGAUCGUGCAACAUGGACAAGGCAUGUCAAGUAUGGCCUACUCCAUGUAUUUAUUUACCAGAGGAGAAGGACUUCUGAAAACUACUCAAGAUUUAUUUCAUCAAGCAGAGAUUUUUGCGGCAGAGGGCACAAAGCUUGCUUCAGCUCUUCAUGCUUUUUCUGAUCAGGUACAUGAUGAUGACAAACCUUUGCUUCUGUUGGAGGCUGAAAAACUGAUCUCUAUGUGCAAGCAGCUCCAGAUAACGGCUAAAGCUUCUGUUCAGGGUAAAAGUGCUACAUUUACAAAGGUUGAUGCAUGCAUUCUGAAAACAAGGAAUGUGAUGACUCUGUUAUGCCAGCUUCUUCCACUUUGCUGUAAAUUAUUGAGAAAGAAUAAAGCAGGAAAUGGCUGUCUUAAACCUGCUCCACCAUGGAGAGAAGACAGAAUACAAACUGGCACAAGUGCACGCACUCCAGAAAGAAGAGUCGAGACAUUUGGCAUCAAAUCUUUAGAAAAUCAUGUAGCAAAUAUGACAUUUUUAGAGAGCAAGUAA